GCUGGAAUACUAUAAACACAAAAUGUUUCUCAUGGAUCUGCCCCAAGAGGAGCGUGAAACUUAUGAAGCGACCAUCAGGGAACAUCGUCGCAGAGAAGUGGUACUGAGAAAGUCUCGAGCACUGAAACUACAGCAGGCACAGAGCCAGCACCACGGGAACAGCGGAGCGCAGGGGAUGCAGCUCAAUCAACCCGGGCUAACACAGACACCGACACAGACACCGACACAGACACCGACACAGACUCAGACUCAGACUCAGACACAUAUGCAGACAUACACCCCACAGCCAAACGGGCAACAAGCGGCACAGCAACGGCAGCAGCAGCAGCAGAGAAUGCAGCAACCCGCGCAGAAUCCGCUUAUGCGCACGCAAACAGACCCACAAGCACAACCACAGAUACCCUCACAGGUAGUGGCUCAGGUGUCACAACCGACCACACAGGCACAGGGCGCGUUACAACAGCAGGUGGUGGUACAGCAGCAAGCCCAAGCACAGGUACGCGCACAGAUGCAAGCACAGGCACAGGCACACGCACAGAAGACGCAGGGGCAGGCCACAUAUGUGGGUCAAACACCUACGCAAAAGCAGCCGAUGCCCCGGUCAACAUCAGGGCCAACGCAGACUACAACACCGCAAGCCCUUGCGCGCCUUCCCAACGGGGCGUUAAAACGCGCAUACACAUCUAAUCCUCUACCACGGAAAGUGCGUGAGGACAUGCUGCAAAAGGACAGUCGACCCUUACCGCCCAUGGACGCCAUGCCUGACUACUGGGGCGAUCUUAUGAUGGUCUGGGAUACAAUCCGAUAUCUCGAGUCUGGAAUGCGUGUGUAUAAGUACAGCAAUGGGCAACCGCUUAUCAAGUACAAUCCAAUCACCGGCGACGCUGUGCUGGACGUCAAUGGCAACCAGAUCCCUGAGCCUCUCCGUCUGAUCGAGUUGAACGAAGGCGAAACCCCCAUGAACCUGGAGGCCGCCCUAGAGGGAGGGCAGAGCGAAUACGACAGCAAGGUAACAGUAAAACGAUACGCUUACGAUCAACAAUACGAUGCGUUGAAGGGUGUCAGACCGAAGAAUGAGAAGUUCACUGGGCAGUUGACAAGACUUGGGGAUCAGGAUCUGAGUGUGGCUGAUAAUUGGCAACUCCUGGUCAGAACCAACCGAUUCUCCGACAUUCCCCAAAUGACUGAGACUAUCAAGAUACUGCCCAAAUUAUGGACAAAUUUAGAAAUGAAGCUUGUUCACGGACACACCACCUUGAAGGCAAUGGAUCCCGUGGCUGCAUGCCAUCUUACAAAUGAGACCGUAGAAUUGGUUACUGAAGAAUUCCAAAUUCCAGCCGAAUACGUGGCUGAGCACUGGUCGUCACAGACUAAAAACCCACACAGCGGCGCGACAAGGAAAGGCUCUGCUCGGAUUGUUAGGCUGUCGCCAGAUGCCAAGAAGGCCAAGAAGCGAAAGUUGGAGAAGACGUUAAAAGCACUCGGUCUGCGGAUUGGCUUCAAGCGUGGUGCCGCAGGCAAUGAUCCAGAUAGCGAGCAAUCCAGUAAUGUGAUACAGAUAACCCGUAUAGAUGAUCACUCAGAUGACAUCAGUAACGGUGUAGGUGAUGCAAACGGUAACCAUAGCAACGCGGACAAAAGCACGUAUCCGGAUGUAGCUACAGAAGUGGCAGGUCCAGUCACCAGCAAGCGGAAAGUAAGCGACGACCCAAGCACAGACGAGAAUAGCCAUACGAAGAAGUCCAAAAUCGAAGUGGCCGAGGACAGGGCAGGCGGUGCGGGUCAGUCUGAGGACAAUAUAUCUGAUCAAAAGGCCGGACUUUCGCCUCAUGAGACAGACCAGGACGAUGGUUCGCGAUCGCCAAUACCACGCCUCGGGCCAACUGAAAGCACUGAGUGGGAUAUGGACUCGGACGAUGAUUUGGAUGUGCACGAGUGGAUGGAUACGUAG